AUGGUCAAAGCUAUCAUUGCUCCCUCAAUUCUCGCCGGCGACUUUGCUGAGCUCGGCUGCGAAUGCCACAAAAUGUUCAAGAGCGGAUCCGACUGGGUCCACAUCGAUGUGAUGGAUGGACAUUUCGUGCCCAACAUCACGUUGGGUCCUCCCGUGAUCCAGUCUUUGAGAAAGGCUGUUCCAAGAGGUGGUGCGGAUGGCAAGUCGGCCAGCUUUUUUGACUGUCACAUGAUGGUUGCCAAUCCUGAGCAAUGGGUUCCUGAGAUCGCCAAAGCCGGUGGAGAUCAGUAUACCUUCCACUACGAAGCCACCAAAGAUCCUCUGGCUCUGGUCAAGCUCAUCAAGUCUCACGGAAUGAAGGCGGCCUGUGCUAUCAAGCCCGGCACUUCCGUGGACGUUCUGUAUCCUUUGGCCGAACAUUUGGACAUGGCCCUGGUGAUGACUGUUGAGCCAGGUUUCGGUGGUCAGAAGUUCAUGGCAAGCAUGAUGCCGAAGGUUGCUGACUUGAGAGCUAAGUAUCCUAACAUGAACAUCCAGGUCGAUGGAGGUUUGGGAGCGGACACCAUUCCCGCUGCUGCCGAGGCCGGUGCUAACGUCAUUGUCGCUGGAACUUCGGUGUUCAAGGCGACUGACCCCGCUGAGAUGAUUCAGUUUUUGAGGGAUCGCGUUAACAACAAUUUGAAAGGGAGGGGUUUGCUAGAGGAGUAA